AAACGGCUAAAUUUAACCGACCUUAAAUCUGUUCGGGACUAUAUAUAGUGUUUAAUUUGUUUUGAGGGUAUUGAGUAAAGAUGGAUGGAGCAAAUAUAUACAGAGCAGGGCAUAGUUUAAGGCAAAGUGGAAGGAGCUCUAGGGAAAGAAUGGGAAGCAUGAGGGCAGGGAGUUCAGUGUGGAGAGACAAGGGAAUGGAUGUGUUUUCGAAAUCGACAAGAGAGGAAGAUGAUGAAGAGGCCUUGAAAUGGGCUUCUCUUGAGAAGUUACCGACUUUUGAUCGGCUGAGAAAAGGGCUGCUUCUGGGAUCACAAGGUGCUGGCUUUCGUGAAGUUGAUAUUGAUGAGAUUGGAGUUCAUCAGAGGAAGAAUUUGGUGGAGAGGCUGGUGAAGAUUGCUGAUGAGGAUAAUGAGAAGUUCUUGUUGAAGCUCAGAGAUCGGCUUGACAGAGUUGGAGUGGAGCUGCCCACAAUCGAAGUCAGAUUCGAGAAUUUGAAUGUUGAAGCAGAGGCUUUUGUAGGGAGCAGGGCUUUGCCUUCUUUCAUCAACUUCAAUCUUAGUAUUGUAGAGGGGCUGUUAAACACAAUCCAUUUACUUCCGAAUAACAAGAAGAAACUAACAAUUCUUGACAAUGUUAGCGGAAUCCUCAAGCCUUGCAGGAUGACAUUGCUUUUAGGGCCUCCGAGUUCAGGGAAGACCACGUUGAUGCUUGCUUUGGCUGGGAAGCUAGAUCCCACCCUUAAGACUUCUGGAAGUGUGACUUACAAUGGCCAUAGCAUGAAAGAGUUUGUUCCCCAAAGAACAGCUGCGUAUAUCAGCCAACACGAUUUGCAUAUUGGAGAAAUGACUGUGAGAGAAACCCUAGCUUUUUCUGCAAGGGUCCAGGGGGUUGGAUCGCGCUAUGAAAUGUUGGCAGAGUUGGCAAGAAGAGAGAAAGAUGCAAAUAUUAAGCCUGAUCCUGAUCUUGAUAUCUACAUGAAGGCAGCUGCAACAGAAGGUCAAGAGGCUAAUGUCGUGACUGAUUACGUUCUGAAGAUUUUGGGGCUUGAUAUAUGUGCAGACACUAUGGUAGGUGAUCAGAUGAUUAGGGGUAUUUCUGGAGGACAAAAGAAGCGUGUUACAACAGGUGAGAUGCUGGUUGGACCAUCAAGGGCACUUUUUAUGGAUGAAAUAUCUACUGGUUUGGAUAGUUCGACAACUUUUCAGAUUGUAAAAGCACUUCGACACAGUGUGCACAUUCUACAAGGAACCGCUCUCAUAUCUCUCCUGCAGCCAGCCCCUGAGACAUACGAGCUAUUUGAUGAUAUUAUUCUUUUAUCAGAUGGCCACAUAGUGUAUCAGGGUCCUCAUGAGAACGUGCUCGAGUUUUUUGAAUCUAUGGGAUUUAAAUGUCCACAAAGAAAAGGUGUUGCUGAUUUUUUGCAAGAAGUGACAUCGAAGAAAGAUCAGAAACAGUACUGGCUCCACAGAGACCGGCCUUACAGGUUUAUAACAUCCAAAGAAUUUGCUGAGGCUUUCAGAUCAUUCCAUGUCGGACAACAUGUUGAGAAUGGUCUUGCAUCCUCAUUUGACAAAGCUAAAAGCCAUCCUGCUGCUUUGACGACCCAAAAAUAUGGUGUUAACAAUACGGAACUCAUAAAAGCCUUGACUGCAAGAGAAAUUUUGCUUAUGAAGAGAAACUCAUUCGUUUACAUAUUCAAAUUAUCCCAGCUGACGAUGAUGGCUAUAAUCACUAUGACAUUGUUCUUUAGAACCGAGUUCAAACAAGAUACAACCACUGAUGGAGGGCUAUAUAUGGGUGCUUUAUUUUUUGGUGUGGUUAUGCUAAUGUUCAACGGGCUUACUGAGGUUGCCAUGACUAUAGCAAAACUUCCUGUCUUCUACAAGCAACGAGACCUUCUCUUUUUCCCUACCUGGUCUUAUGCUCUUCCAACAUGGAUUACCAAGAUACCUGUGACAAUUUUAGAGGCUGCUGUCUGGGUAGUCCUUACUUACUAUGUUAUCGGAUUUGACCCAAAUGUUGGAAGAUUUUUCAAGCAAUACCUAUUACUCUUGCUCAUUAACCAGAUGGCUUCUGGAUUAUUUCGGAUGAUCGGGGCAUUGGGGAGGACUAUGACACUUGCAAUGACAUUUGGCGGAUUUUCAUUGCUUAUACUUUUUGCAUUAGGUGGCUUUGUCCUAGCUCGAGGGGAUGUACCGGAUUGGUGGCUAUGGGGUUACUAUAGCUCCCCCAUGAUGUAUGGUAUGAAUGCCAUGGCGGUGAAUGAAUUUCUUGGCCAUCAGUGGAACAAAUUAACCUCAAAUGGAGAUACUGUUGGAGUUGCACUGUUAAAAUCUCGAGGUUUCUUCCCUUAUUCAUACUGGUACUGGAUAGGGGCAGGUGCAUUGGUGGGAUUCAUUCUGCUACUCAAUCUCGGCUACACGGUGGCACUCAAGUAUCUUGAUCCUCUGGGGAAGCCUCAAGCUAUGAUACCAGUGGAAAGUACCGAUGAAUUGACAGAAUCCACUGCUGAGAAUAAUCAGAACAAGAAGAAAGGAAUGGUUCUUCCAUUUGAACCACAUUCCAUCACAUUCGAUGAUAUUAAGUACUCUGUUGACAUGCCACAGGAAAUGAAAGAGCAAGGUGUUUCUGAUGAUAAACUAUUACUUCUCAAGGGCGUGAGUGGGGCUUUCAGGCCGGGGGUUCUUACUGCUCUGAUGGGUGUUAGUGGUGCUGGUAAAACAACUUUAAUGGAUGUAUUGGCUGGUCGGAAAACUGGUGGAUACAUUGAGGGUAGCAUUACUGUUUCUGGGUAUCCGAAGAAGCAGGAGACUUUUGCCAGGAUAGCAGGGUACUGUGAGCAGAAUGACAUCCACUCGCCUCAUGUUACUGUCUACGAGUCCCUGCUCUACUCAGCCUGGCUGCGGCUGCCUGCAGAAGUUGAUGCCAACAAAAGAAAGAUGUUCGUAAAUGAAGUCAUAGAACUAGUUGAACUAGACAAUUUAAAGGACGCGCUGGUAGGUUUGCCAGGCGUAAAUGGCCUUUCAACUGAGCAGCGAAAGAGAUUAACUAUUGCAGUUGAAUUGGUAUCAAAUCCCUCAAUUAUCUUCAUGGACGAGCCAACUUCAGGGCUGGAUGCCCGAGCUGCUGCAAUUGUGAUGAGAACGGUUAGAAAUACUGUGGACACGGGAAGAACCGUUGUUUGCACUAUCCAUCAACCAAGCAUCGACAUAUUUGAGGCUUUUGACGAGCUUUUCCUGAUGAAGCGAGGAGGAAUGGAGUUAUAUGCAGGGCCAGUGGGCAGGCAAUCUUGCGAAUUAAUUGCAUACUUUGAGGGAAUUCAAGGAAUAAGUAAAAUCAAAGACGGAUAUAAUCCAGCCACCUGGAUGUUGGAAGUCACAGCAGCUUCUCAAGAAAUGAUUUUGGGGGUUGAUUUUACUGAAAUAUACAAAAAUUCAGACCUGUACAGGCGAAACAAGGCACUUAUCAAAGAAUUGAGUACACCUCGUCCGGGCUCCUCUGAUCUCAGCUUUCCAACUCAGUACUCGCAAUCUUUCUUCGUCCAAUGUUGGGCUUGUCUAUGGAAACAACGAUGCUCAUACUGGCGAAACACGUCUUAUACUGCAGUAAGAUUUCUGUUCACGACUGCUAUAGCAUUGAUCUUUGGAUCGAUGUUCUGGGACCUUGGUUCCAAAAUGGAUUCUCGGCAAGACCUGUUUAAUGCAAUGGGUUCUAUGUACGCUGCUUGCCUCUUCCUCGGGGUCCAAAAUGCUGCUUCAGUGCAGCCAGUGGUGGAUGUAGAACGAACCGUGUUUUACAGAGAAAGAGCUGCUGGAAUGUAUUCCGCUUUGCCAUAUGCCUUUGCGCAGGUUUUAGUCGAAAUUCCAUACAUCAUGGUUCAGGCAGCAGUAUAUGGCCUCAUUGUCUAUUCAAUGAUCGGCUUUGAUUGGACAGCCACAAAAUUCUUCUGGUACUUGUUCUUCAUGUUUUUCACCUUCCUCUACUUCACUUUCUUCGGCAUGAUGACCGUGGCCGUGACUCCCAAUGCCGACGUUGCUUCCAUCAUCGCUGCUGCAUUUUACGGAAUAUGGAAUCUCUUCUCAGGAUACAUCAUCCCACGCCCCAGUAUGCCUGUGUGGUGGAGAUGGUACUCUUGGGUAUGCCCCGUUGCAUACACAUUGUAUGGUCUGAUUGCAUCGCAAUUCGGAGACGUCGAGGACAAGAGACUAACAGAUAAUAAUCAGACCGUAAAGGAAUUUAUCGAAGAUUAUUUCGGGUUCGAACAUGAUAAUGUGUGGGCAGUUGGACUUGCAGUCGUUGGAUUCGCGCUUCUUUUUACCAUCACAUUUGCUUAUUCCAUCAAAACAUUCAACUUCCAGAAGCGGUAGAAUCGUCAAUUAUUUUCGGUUUGCUCUUUCUUCUUGUUGUACAAAAAUUUUCCGAAUUUUUUUUAUUAUAUCGACUUCAAUUCAUCGAAUCAUCCCCAGUCCAAAGGGAUUUGGUCCAGUUGUAUA